AUGGACUUUGUUAAAGAAUACAUCUGCUGCAUGACCCCUGAUAAAUCUGGAAAGGAAGGCGAUCAUUCAUCCAAAGUUUCAAAGAAAACCACCGUCACCGCGCCCAAGUCUCCACAAACCGGAAAAGGAAAAGGGGCUCAGCAGAAGGGGGCAAAAAGGAAAAAGGGCAAAAAAGGGCACGGUCGGCAUAACAACGUUGACGGCAACGAAGAUGAUGCUGGGAAGGAGGAUGUUGUUGGUGGAGAUGAUGUUGUUGUCGGCAAUGAUGGUAAUGAUGAUGCUGCUGCUUUAGCUGAAGCUGCUGUGGCUGAUUCUGCAGCUGCUGAUGUUUUUGUCGCUGGAGAUGUUAGUGUUGGUGACGUAGACGAUACAAAACAGCAACAGCAACAACUGCAGCCACAUGAACUUCUAGAAAUACAGCCGGCAACGGCCGAUGCUUUAUACAUACAAAACAACGAACAAGUAGAAGGAAAAUUCAUUCUGGUAGUGAACAGCCAUCGUUAA